GGCCCCUCCGCCGCGCUCGGCCCGGAGCCGCCCGGUACGGCCCGGAGCGGGCCCGUUCGGCCCGGCGAGGCGAGGCUCGGCCCGGCCCGGCCCGGUUCGGGUCGGUUCGUCCCGUCCCGGUUGGUCCCGGUUCCUCCCGGUUGGGUUGAGUUGGGUUGGGUUCGGUUCAUCCCGGUGCAACCCGGUCGGUCCCGGUUGGUCCCGGUUCGGCCCGGAUGGUGCUGGCCGGGGACCGAGCAGCGCCCUGAGCCCGCAGGUGUCCGCAUGGCCCCCCGCGGGAUGCGGCCCGGGACCCCCUUCCUCCUCCUCCUCCUCCUCCUCCUCCUCCUCGCCGCCACCGGCGUGGGCGCGGGCGUGGUGGAGGUGGAGCGCAGCGUGACGGCGGUGCUGGGCCAGGACGUGGUGCUGCCGUGUCGGUACCGGGCGCAGGAGCAGGAGCAGGUGGAGCAGGUGACGUGGCUGAAGCGGGGUCCCGGGGGGAGCAGCGCCGAGGUGGCCGUGCUCCACCGCCAGCACGGGCAGCACGUGCAGGAGCCCUACGCCGGGCGGGUGCUGCGGCGGGCGGACGGGGCGCUGGAGGACGGCGCCAUCGUCCUGAGGAACGCCGUGCAGGGGGACGAGGGCGACUACGAGUGUCACCUCAUCACCUUCCCCAUGGGCAGCUUCGAGGGGCACCUCACGCUCAAGGUGCUGGUGCCACCCCUGCCCAUCCUGAACCCGGGGCCGCCGCUGGAGGAGGGUCAGGGCCGGACGCUGGCGGCCUCGUGCACGGCGGAGGGCAACCCGGUGCCCUCGGUGCGCUGGGAGACGGAGGUGCGGGGCACCAACGCCACCCGCCGCUCCGAGCACGCCCGCUCCGCCUCCGUCACCAGCGAGUUCUUCCUGGUGCCCGGGCGCAGCAUGAACGGCAAGAGCCUGACCUGCGUGGUGGCGCACCCCGGCCUGCGCCACGAGAAGAGGAUCACCCACCUCCUCAGCGUCGCCUACCUGUCGGACGCCUCGGUGCUGGGGCACACGGAGGAGUGGCAGGAGGGCAUGGAGGGGGCCACGCUGACCUGCCUGGGGGACGGCAACCCCCCCCCCACCUACAACUGGACGCGGCUGAACGCCCCGCUGCCCGCCGGCGUGCGGGUGAAGGGGGACACCCUCGUCUUCCAGCGGCCCCUCGCCGCCGCCGACGCCGGCGCCUACGUCUGCCGUGUCUCCAACCGCGUGGCCGCCAAGGAGGCGCAGGCCAACGUCAGCGUCAAGAGCAGGGCGGCAGACAACGAGGUGCGCAAGGUGGACCUGGUCUCAGCCUCGGUGGUGGUGGUGGGCGUCAUCGCCGCCGUCCUGCUCUGCGUCCUCGUCGUCGUCGUUGUCGUCAUGACCCUCUACCACAAGCGCAAGACCAAGCGCAUCUCCGAGAAGUAUGAGGAGGAGCUGACGCUCACCCGGGAGAACUCCAUCCGCCGCCUGCACUCCAGCCACAGCACCGACACGCGCACCCAGCUGGAGGAGACGCUGCAGCUGCGCACGGAGAGCCGGCAGGGCAGCCUGCGCGGGGACAGCCUGCGCGGGGACAGCCUGCGCGGCACCAGCAUCUGCUCCGCCAUGAGCGAAGAGCCCGAAGGUCGCAGCUACUCGACGCUCUCGACGGUGCGGGAGAUCGAGACGCAGACGGAGGUGCCGGUGGCUCCGCUGCUGGCCCCCCCCACGGUGGGGAAGGACCCCAAGGAGGAGGAUGAGGAUGGCGGCGGUGGCGGCGGGGGCAGCGGCGGCGGCGGCGGGGGGGACCCCAUCAAACAGGCCAUGACCCACUUCGUGCAGGAGAACGGGAUGCUGCAGGCCAAGCCCACCACCAACGGCAUCUACAUCAACGGCCGCGGGCACCUGGUGUGAGCUGGGGGGGGGGCCGGGGGGGCGAGCACCCCAGGGCACCCCCGUCUCCCCCCUUGCGCCUCCCCGGCUCUGCCCGCCCGCCCGCCGGGCUGGCUGCGGUCCCCGAGUGUCACCUCGCUGCUGGCACGGGGUGGGGGACACGCGUUGAACCCCCAGGACAAGAGCCACCCCCCCCCCCGGUCCCCGUCCCCGAGUGUCACUUGGCUGCUGGCGCGGGGUUGGGGACACGCACUGCACCCCGGGACAGGGUCCCUGUCCCUCAGUGUCACCUCGCUGCUGGCGCGGGGUUGGGGACACGCACUGCACCCCGGGACAGGGUCCCUGUCCCUCAGUGUCACCUCGCUGCUGGCGCGGGGUUGGGGACACGCACUGCACCCCGGGACAGGGUCCCUGUCCCUCAGUGUCACCUCGCUGCUGGCACAGGGUUGGGGACACGCACCGUGCCCCAGGACAGAUCCUGUGUCCCUGAGUGUCACCUCGCUGCUGGCACGGGGUUGGGGACACGCAUUGAACCCCAGGACAGAGCGCCCCCGUCCCCGAGUGUCACCUCGCUGCUGGCACGGGGUUGGGGACAUGCGUUGAACCCUCAGGACAAGAGCCCCCAUCCCUCAAUGUCACCUCGCUGCUGGCACGGGGUUGGGGACACGCACCGUGCCCCAGGACAGAUCCUGUGUCCCCGAGAGUCACCUCGCUGCUGGCACGGGGUUGGGGACACGCGUUGAACCCCCAGGACAAGAGCCCCCAUCCCUCAAUGUCACCUCGCUGCUGGCACGGGGUUGGGGACACGCACCGUGCCCCAGGACAGAUCCCGUGUCCCCGAGUGUCACCUCGCUGCUGGCACGGGGCUGGGGACACGCGAAGGAGGUGACAGCAGCACCCAGGACCUGUGGGCACCCCCGGGCUUGGGGACGCCCGGUGACAUGGGGACACCUCAAGGACAGGACAAGGGCAGGAGCCCCCGGUGGGGAUCGAAAACCCCCCCAAACACCCACUUCCCCCCCCAAAAAAAUCCCUCCGGACUCUGGGUCGGCUCCUUCCCGCGUGGCGCUGGGGACACGCGGCCGUCCCCGCUCGGGACGUGUUUUGCCGGUGGCACUUGGGACGCUUGCGUGCCCUCCCCCAUCCCGGCUGCCCCCCUCCCCCCAAAAAAGAACCCCCCCAAAACCCUCCCCCCCCCCCCCAAUUCCACCCCCCUCCCCGGGGCCGGGCCCCCCCCUGGGCGCGGGGCUGGC